AUGAGGAUAAUAUUGGUCAUUUUAGACUUUCCACUAUACAUCAUGGAAAGUUUGAAGCGCUGGAGUUCUCUACAUGGAUACACUGCCAUAUUUAUGUUCCUUACAACGAUCAGCAAAGGGUCAACAUGUGAGGCUCCUUCAAGUCCUCAGUGCUUCAGAAGAUAUGCUGAGGACAAUGUUUACUUGUGUGAAUGGAGCAUGAACAUGACGGAGAGCAAUGUGACAUUUGACCUUCACCUUAAUGAGACAAAAUUUCCGGAGAUUGCCAAGACCUGGUAUGAGGUCCUUGAGGAACAGCUGACUAAAUUUCACCUUGUCCACCAUAUUUGGGUGGAAGCUCAUGUAGGAAAUUCCAGCUGCAACUCACUCAAGAUGCCCAUUAAACUCACCGACACAGUUAAGUAUCAAGCACCACAAAAUAUUUCAGUGUCCUGGAUAAAAAACAAUCUCAACUUGACCUGGACGGCUGCAGAGAAGUAUCCGGCUUUAGCUGAGGUCUGGUUUCAACCAGAUAAUCUCUCCACAGAAUCAUGGGAAAAAAAAAAAAUUAAUACCACCGCUAAGACGUUAACCUACCAGGUAAUUGUUGCGAAUCUCUUAAAAAGUACAGCUUAUCAGGUUCGGAUCAGACAUCAGCCCAUACUGGUCCUUAACCCGUUGUGGAGUGACUGGUCUACAGUGAUUGUACCUGCAGAGCUUGAACAGCCCAAAGUUACCAUGACCAAAACAACUUCAAAUGGCACCCGCACGCUGAUGCUAACUUGGAAGCCAGUGCCACAUGCAGCAGCAGUCAGAGGAGUGAAAUACAGGUUCGAUGACACUCAUUCUUCUCGUGGAUGUCCUUGUCCUCGUGGGAAAAAGAGGAAGAGAGAUCACUACGGCACGAUUGAUUACACUACUUAUAAUGUGUUAUACUCAGCUGUCAACAUCACUAUUAUCGCCACAAAUGCAGCAGGACAUUCUCCUCCAGCGAUCAUACAAGUGCCAGCUGAACCUGCAACAGAUUUAAAAACCUGUGAUAAAACAUUACUGAAUGAAAAAUUAAAAAAAACAUGCCUUGAGUGGUACGAGCUUCAAGAUGGCGAUCUGAGACCAAAAAAUGUGAUAACAAGGCAGAAAGGCAUAGGACAGAAGCAAAUAAGAGAAAAGAUGAAGGCAUAUGUACGCUACCUUUACUUCGAACACAGAUGUUUGGACGGGAAACCAAAGACAGUUAAAAUGUGCCUUUUUUAUAAAGAAGAGGGUGUUCCAGACAGAGCACCCCAGGACUUUAUUGCGUUUAACGAAACAUACAAUUCUGCUGAACUGUCUUGGAAAGCAAUUCCCUUUGUGAACCAGCGAGGGUUCCUCACACACUACAUACUUUGCAGUGUGCAAAUCAGCUCACAGGACAAGCAGGGAGGUAAGUGCCAUAACAUAUCAGCCUCAAUCACCUCAUACCACCUGGAAAACUUGACACCGGGAACAAAAUACAACAUCAGCCUUGCUGGUGUGACACGAAAGGGAGGAGGAUUAACAGCCACAGUAACUAUCAGCACACGGCCAGAGACGCCUGUGAAUGCUUGGUUAAGUCUCGGAUUGCUCUUUAUGUUCUUUUUAUUGUCAAUAAUGUGCACCUUCGUCUUAAAGAGAAUCAAAAACAUGAUUUUCCCUCCUGUGCCAACACCGGUCAUUUUAGAUUUCACCACCCAUCAGCCAGAGAGUCAGGAGAGGCUGGAGAAGGAAGAAGAGGUGUGUGAGCUGACGAUGCACCAGCUGCAUCCAGAGCGCAAGACUGUCCUGGAGGACGCAGAGGAGACCACUGUCCGGGAAUGGGAUGACAAUACUGAUGAGGAUGUGGAGGAUGAGAGGGGGGAUUCAUGGAUGUUAGAGGGGACCAGUGACGAGUGUUUGAGUCCUGGCUCUACAGAAGAGGCACUGGGGAGCUCCAGAGAAGAAGAAAUGACAGAUAUGGAACAGAUGGAUGAGAUCACCCUACUGAUAUACAAAAGAGGACUGGUGUUUGACGUGAAGACAGACUCCCUUGAAAAUGGAUUAACUGACGGUUCUUUCAUUGCACAAACAUAACAGGGCUGAUAUGUUGGUUGACUAAUACCAAAGACUGGAUGACUCAAUUUUGUCUUUUUAAACAUUAGGUGUUUAAAGAGCUUCUUGUAAUGAGGGAAAUAUGUAUUUCCUAUUUGACAUUGCUGUCUUUAUGACUAUAGAUAGUGACGUACAUUUCUUUACAUAUACUGUA